CAUGUCAUUUCAAAUCCUCAGUAUUGUAAAAAAAAUAUGUUACUAACUCAUUUUUCUACUUAAGCACUUCUAGCUCCAAAACAAUUACAAACAUAAGAAAAGUGAGAACUACUUUGUAGCUUAAUUAAUCUGAGUCCAAUUAGUUGUUUAUAUACGUAACUCUUAGGGGUCACAUGUAAUAAGAAUAUAAAAUCUUGCUUUUUCUACUAACUCUUGUAGUUACCACUAGCUCUAUCCAGAAACCACUUCAAACAUGGGAUCCACCAAUACAAUCAAGCAUAACUUUGAUUUCCUAUUGAGUGAACGCAAAGCAUUUGAUGAAACAAAAGCAGGUGUAAAAGGACUUGUUGAUGAAGGACUUAACAAGAUCCCAAGCUUUUUCCAUCAUCAACCAGACAAAUAUCAGAAAGCCAACAACACAAGCCAUGUUAUUCCUGUCAUAGACCUUGGAGAUAUUGAUAAUAAAGAUUCAAGUAUUCAUCAAGGGAUUGUUAACAAAAUCAAGGAAGCAUGUGAAACAUGGGGGUUUUUUCAGAUUGUUAAUCAUGGAAUCCCUUUGAAUGUUCUUGAGGAGUUGAAAGAGGGUGUUAAGAGGUUUUAUGAGCAGGAUACAGAAGUCAAAAAGGCUUUGUAUUCAAGAGAUGUGAAUAGAUCCUUUAUUUAUAAUAGUAAUUUUGAUAUUUAUAGCUCACCAGCACUUAAUUGGAGGGAUACUUUUGCGUCUUACUUGGCUCCUGAUACUCCUAAAUUAGAGGAUUUUCCUGUUGUCUGCAGAGAUAUAUUGCUAGAAUAUGGGAAAUACAUGAUGAAUCUAGGGACUCUACUAUUUGAAUUGUUGUCAGAAGCUUUAGGUCUGAGCCCAAACCAUUUGAAAGAUAUGAAUUGUGCUGAAGGGCUAAUUGCUCUUUGCCAUUACUAUCCACCAUGUCCAGAACCAGAAUUGACUGUGGGAACAACCAAACAUUCUGACAAUGAUUUCCUCACAGUGCUUCUCCAAGAUCAUAUUGGUGGCCUCCAAGUUCUUUACGAAGAUAAAUGGAUUGAUAUUAAACCUGUUCCUGGAGCUUUAAUUGUUAAUGUUGGAGAUCUUUUGCAGCUUAUAACGAAUGACAAAUUCAGGAGUGUUGAACACAGAGUACUUGCCAAUCAAGUUGGUCCAAGAAUAUCUGUUGCAUGCUUUUUCUGCACAGGUCAUAGGUCAUCCUCAAAUCUCUAUGGACCUAUAAAGGAACUAUUAUCAGAAGACAAUCCUCCCAAAUACAGAGAAACCACAGUUGCUGAUUAUGUAGCUUACUUUGAUGCAAAAGGACUAGAUGGUACUUCAGCUCUUACACAUUUCAAGAUUUGAACAAGACAAUGUGGUGAAGAAUAUGUUAACUCAUAAUACAAAUAAUUGAAUAAAUUUAGUGAGUUUAAAGUGGUGUAGUUAUUCAUAUACUUUCCACAUGCAAUGGAUUAAUUGCAAUUUUAAACAUUCACUUAUUGAAAAUAAAGAUCAUUUUUGCUUAUGGUA